GCACGCAGGGUGGGGGGAGGGAGCGCACGACGUGCGCGCACCCUCUCCCUCGUCCACCGCUGCCGCCUCCUUCUUCUGCCGCUCCUGGUGCUGCUUGUGUGCUCGUUUGGUGCGGACCUGGUACCUCUUUUGUGAAGCGGCAGCUGAGGAGACUCCGGCGCUCGCCAUGGCCGACGAAAAGCCCAAGGAAGGAGUCAAGACUGAGAACAACGAUCAUAUUAAUUUGAAGGUGGCGGGGCAGGAUGGUUCUGUGGUGCAGUUUAAGAUUAAGAGGCAUACACCACUUAGUAAACUAAUGAAAGCCUAUUGUGAACGACAGGGGUUGUCAAUGAGGCAGAUCAGAUUCCGAUUCGACGGGCAACCAAUCAAUGAAACAGACACACCUGCACAGUUGGAAAUGGAGGAUGAAGAUACAAUUGAUGUGUUCCAACAGCAGACGGGAGGCGUCUACUGAAAAGGGAACCUGCUUCUUUACUCCAGAACUCUGUUCUUUAAAGACCAAGAUUACAUUCUCAAUUAGAAAACUGCAAUUUGGUUCCACCACAUCCUGACUACUACCGUAUAGUUUUCUCUAUUCUUUCAUUUCCCCCUUCCCCAUUCCUUUAUUGUACAUAAAGUAACUGGUAUAUGUGCACAAGCAUAUUGCAUUUUUUUUUUUUUUUUUAACUAAACAGCCAAUGGUAUGUUUUAAUUGACAUCAAGUGGAGACGGGAUGGGGAAAAAUACUGAUUCUGUGAAAAUACCCCCUUUCUCCAUUAGUGGCAUGCUCAUCCAGCUCUUAUCUUUAUAUUCCAGUAAGUUAUUUUGCUCUCACUGUUUUAACAAAAACACACAACAUAAAAAUUCUUGCAUACCUUGUUCAAUUGGAGAAUUUUAAUGUUUUUCAUUUAUCAUUGUAAAACCAAGGACAAUUUUAUAACUUUUUUGUACGUAGCUGUUACAUGUAGGGCAAUCUGUCUUUAAGUAGGGAUAAAUUACUCUAAAACAAAAAAGAAUCUUAGAUAGUUUUCCCUUCAAGUCAAGCGUCUUGUUGUUUAAAUAAACUUCUUGUUUAAAAUGA